AUGACGAAUGUAAUGGAAUCUGUUUUGGAGUUAGCAAAUGCUACGGUAGAUUGGGUAACAUUGGCAUUUAAUGCUCCUUUUGCUCGAGCUGUCGUUUUUGGAGUGCACAUUGGUGGGCAUCUGUUUGUGGAGGGUCUUCUUCUAGUGGUUAUUCUCUUCCUACUUUCUCAGAAAAGUUAUAAGCCUCCUAAACGGCCUUUAACAAAGAAGUUUGAAUAG